AUGGGCUUUAUCCAGGACAACUUUCGUUUGGUUUACGUCGGCGUGGCAGCUGCCGUCUACCUGAGACCGGAAUAUGUCAUUUUCAACUCAAAACUCUUAACAAUCAUUGUUUAUCUUACGAUUCUCAUGCUCUCAAAGUUCGCCUAUCAAUUGACCCUAUAUCCUGCAUUCUUCACCCCACUCAAACACAUCCAAACUCCUAGAAGCCGAAAUUGGCUUCGAGGCAAUACCAAAUCCAUCUUCCUCGAAACACCAUAUCAGCUGGUAAAGGAAUGGGCCAAAGAAAUGCCCAACCAGGGCUUGAUUCGAUAUUACAUCGUCAUGAACCUAGAAAGAGUGGUUUUGACUAGCCCCAAAGCCCUGAGCGAGCUGUUGGUCACCAAGAACUAUGAUUUUGAGAAGCCAAAGACUGUGCGACAGAGCUUGCGCCGCGUGGUUGGAGACGGCGUCCUAUUGACCGAGGGAGAUGAACAUAAACUGCAGCGCAAGAACCUAAUGCCGGCCUUUGCCUACCGCCAUAUCAAGAAUCUAUAUCCGAUCUGGAGAACAGAGAGUCCCCCCGACGACAACAUUAUUCAAGUCCGCACUUGGGCAAGUAGAGCUACGCUCGACAUCAUCGGUGUGGCUGGCAUGGACCAUGACUUCGAUUCCCUACGUAAUCCAUUCAACAAGCUGAACAAAUCCUACCAACGAAUUUUCUCGCCGCUAUCAUUCGCAAACAAAAUUUUAUUCAUCCUCGCAACCCUGAUGGGCACUUUGACCUUUAUUCAAAAGUUACCCACUCAGCGCAACAAGGACAUUGAGGAAGGUGGCGAGGAGAUCCGCAAUGUCGCGCGGCAAAUGAUCCAAGAGAAGAAAGAAAAGAUGAAAGACCCGAAAUCCAAGACCGGGGUUGAUAUCAUCUCAGUCGCAAUGGCCAACGGCACCUUUGACGAUGAAAACCUAGUCGAUCAACUGAUGACCUUCCUUGGCGCAGGCCACGAAACAACCGCCACGGCCUUGCAGUGGGCUGUCUACGCGCUGUGCAAGAACCCAGACGUCCAGACACGUCUCCGUGAAGAAAUCCGCGCCAAUCUCCCCCCCACUCUCCUCCGACGACGCAAAGCCGUCUGCAACGAGGUUCUCCGUUUUCAUCCCUCGGUUCCGAACACCGUCCGGGUAGCCGCCAAAGAUACUACCCUGCUGGGUCAACCAAUCCCCAAGGGCACGUUCUUUGUCAUUUCCCCGGAGGUGAUAAACCACAUGGAGGAAUUUUGGGGCCCGGAUGCCGACAAGUUCAAUCCGGAUCGCUUUAUGGGCGAAGGCAGAGCCAAUAACGGCGGCGCGACUAGCAACUAUGCUUUCCUUACCUUUAUUCACGGUCCACGCAGUUGUAUUGGGCAGGGAUUUGCCAAGGCUGAACUUGCCUGUUUGCUUGCUGCGGUGGUUGGUCGCUUCCAGUUUGAGUUGAAGGAUCCUGAUGCGAAAUUGGAAUUGAUGGAAGGUGCCACCGUUUCACCGAAAGAUGGGGUUAUCGCCAAGUUUACUGCGUUAGAGGGCUGGUAA